AUGAAUUUUGACAAUGAAUUAAUGAAAUAAGGUCAUUUAACUAGAAUCUAAUCUACAGCUUUUAAAAUAUAUUUAGUUAAAAUUUAAGAUAAGACCUACUUUUGUUACUUUCCAAAAUAGGAAUGCCAAAACAGAAAUCACAUAAACGAAUUUCUUAAAAAUGAUAUGUAACAGUAAGAUGAAAUCAAAUAUUUACGAAAAUUAAAUAAAAUUGGAAGUUAAAGUUUUUAUGCAUUUGAGUCAUAUAAAGAAUAUACUCUUCUAUCAGAACUUAAAUAAUUGAAGGAAUAACUGAUUUUAAAAAUAUUUUAAGACCUUCUGGUGGCUUUAUUUACUAUUCAUUAAAAAGGACUUUUAGGAAGGUGUUUUAAUGUUCACAAUAUAUUAAUUGUUGAAAAUUAGUAUUCAGUUAUGAUGGAAUAUGGAUUUUAUCCUGAUCUAGAAUAUGAAGUUCCAGAAUUAAUAUACAAUCAAACAUAUAAUGAGAAAAUAGAUAUAUUUUUGUUAGGAAGAGUCAUAUUUUAUUUGAUGGUCGGUAAUGACUUGCCAAAAUAUAAUAUGAAAAAUUUAAAUGAGGUUUCAUCUGAUAUUAAUUUGUCUAUUGCCUAAACAAAUUAUUCAGAAAGUUUAAAGAAAUUAGUGAUAUAAAUGUUAACAAUAGAUGUUAAUAAAAGAAUAGAUUAUUUGCAAUUAUUUUCAAAAUUUAAAAAUAAUUAAUUUUAUUCUAUUUAAGAAUAGUUUUACAAAUAGAAUUCAUUGAAAAUUAUAACAUAAAAAAUAAUUGAAAAGAGAGAAAAGAAAUCAAACAUAAAUUUAGAUGAAUCUACAGCUUUUGAAAUUUAAUAAACAUCUAAUUUUACAGUAAUAUUUUAUCUUACGUUUAAUAGAAAAUGAUUAAAGAUUAGUAAAUUAAAACAUCCCAGAAUUUACUUUCUGAUAAGAGUACCAUAGAUUCAUCUUAAAUAGAUAGUUUAAAUUUAAUCUCUUUUGAUCCUCCUGAAUCAGAAGAUUAUACAAAUUAUAAAUCCCUUAAUUAAGAUUAGAUUAUAAGCAAAGUGAAUUAUUAACCAUAAACAUAAACAUUAUCUAAAACAAAAUAUGAUACUGAAGAAAUCAUAAUAAAUAACUCUUCCUUUGAAAAUGAUACAUUAUUAAGUGUACUACCAUUUCUGAAUUCUGAUCGACCUUAAGACUAAUAGAUUUGGAAUAAAAUAUAUUUUUAUCUGUAUCGCUUUUCUCUAAUGACAAAAUUAAUUGAAGAAUUGCAAUCACAUUUAAAAUAGUGUAAUAAAUAUUUAAUUGUAAUUGCUAUUUAUGGAAUGAAGAAGGCUUAAUUAAUUCUUAAGAGAGAAUAUCAGAUUUCUUUAGAAUAAUGCAAGAAUCUUUACUCUAUACCUACAUAGGAAUGGGAAAGAUUUACAUUACUCUCUGCAGAGUAUAAAAGAAUGAUUGGUAAGAUUAAAUUUGAUAUUGAUGUUGAUUAACGAGUGUUAUUAUAGAAAGAUUACAUUUAGUUAUAAAAGAUACUGGAUUAAAAUAAGAAUGAGGGAUUUUUGAAGGAUUUAUACAAAUUUAUUGAAAAUUAUUUGAAUGAUGUAAAAUUAUAAUAAUAUAUAUUUUUAGAAUAAAGAAAAAAAUAAUUUUGAUGAUAUUAAGCGUUCAUAUAGAUAUAUUUUAACAAAUACUUUAUCAUUUUUUGAAACUUAAGAUGAUAACAAUUAUCCCUAUGUAAGAUUGCUUAUUAUGAUGUGCAUUUUGAUUAAUAGAAUUUGUGAUGUAUAAAGUAUUCCAUCGCAUUUUAAAACUAUUUGCAAAUUUUUGAAUAUUAAUUAAAUAUAUUCAAUAGUGCAAAUUGAAUAAUUUUUCAAGAAAGCUACAAAAUAAGAAUAUAUUGAAUUAUUCGAGGAAUUAAAAUUAUGUUAUUUUUCUGGUUGA